UUUGAAUAUCCCUAUCGUAAUACCUUUCAAAGUACAAUAUCAUUUUUAUUCACUUUAAUUCAAGGGAAUCGUUUAAUCGAGUUCAGUAGAUUUGAAUCCAAAUUCAGUUAAGACUAUCCAAGCAUUCAAUUGACACUGAUUAAACUCGGGACUCGAUAUGAUUCUUCUUCUGUUACAUCACAGAUAUAUUAUCGUGUGUCAAAAGGAAACGGCAGAUCGCUGCUAGAGUUGGCCGAUAUUCUGAAUUGUGCGGACGAAAAACGGGCGUAGCUUGGCCAGAUUGGAUUUAGCGAACACGUGUGAAGUCGCAUGCCGAUCACAGUCGUGUGGAGGCGACCACGUUCGGUCAAAUGAACAAAAAUGAAUCGAUGAGCAGAUACGGGCCUCUCGUCGGCGCGAUCGACGAGGGCACGAGCAGUGCGAGAUUUCUGGUUUUUGCAGCAGAUACAGCAGAAGUUUUAACAUAUCAUCAAGUCUCAAUAUCACAGAUAUGCCCAAAAGAGGGAUGGGUUGAACAAGAUGCUUUAGAAAUACUGAGAGCAGUUAGGGAAUGCCUUAAGCAAACUGUAUUUAAUUUAAGACAAUUGACGAUAGAUCCAGCUGACAUAGUUGCAAUUGGUAUAACAAAUCAGAGGGAAACUACAGUUGUAUGGGAUUCCGUAACAGGAGAACCACUUUAUAAUGCUAUAGUAUGGAUGGAUAUGAGAACCACAUUGAUCAUGGAUGAUAUAUUGAAGGAUAUACGUAAUAGAAAUAAGAAUUAUUUAAAACCGCUCUGUGGUCUGCCGAUUAGUCCAUACUUUAGUGCAUUAAAAUUAAAAUGGUUGUUAGAAAAUAUACCUCCAGUUCAAGAGGCAUUAGCCAACAAACGUCUCAUGUUUGGUACCAUCGAUUCCUGGCUAAUUUGGAAUUUGACUGGUGGUGCCAACGGUGGUGUUCAUAGCACAGAUGUAACAAAUGCUUCGAGAACAAUGUUAAUGAAUAUCAUGACAUUGAAGUGGGAUCCUACUCUGUUGUCAUUUUUUAAAAUACCUGCUGAGAUUUUACCUCAAAUACGAAGCUCCUCUGAGAUUUAUGGUUAUAUACAAGAUGACUUGCUACAAGGUGUUCCUAUAUCAGGGUGCUUAGGUGAUCAACAAUCGGCUUUAGUAGGACAGAUGUGUCUACAACAAGGACAGGCGAAAAGUACUUAUGGCACUGGAUGCUUUCUUCUUUAUAAUACUGGCACAGCUAUUGUGGAUUCAUCCCAUGGCUUAUUAACGACGGUUGCUUAUCAAUUAGGAGCGCAUGCUUCUCCAGUGUAUGCUCUUGAAGGUUCUGUAGCUGUCGCAGGUGCCGUUAUACAAUGGUUGAAGGAUAAUCUUGGACUAUUAACUGAUGUAAAAGACUGUGAAACUAUUGUUGAACAAAUACCCGCGGACAAUCAUAUUGUUUUUGUACCAGCUUUUGCUGGAUUGUAUGCUCCAUAUUGGAGGAAAGAUGCACGAAGUGUUAUAUGUGGUAUUAGUGAAAAUACUAAUAGCGCACAUAUUAUAAAGGCAGCUAUGCAAGCAGUAUGCUUUCAAACGAGAGAUAUUUUGGAAGCUAUAAAGCAGGACACUGGCUUAAUGCUUUCAAAAUUGUUGGUUGAUGGUGCAAUGACUAAUAACAAUUUAUUAAUGCAAAUGCAAGCGGAUAUCUGUGGAAUUCCAGUGGUUAGGCCAUUAAUGUGUGAAACUACCGCGCUUGGAGUUGCAAUUGCUGCAGGAAGCGCAGAAGGAAUAAAAAAAUGGGAUGUAAAGAGUGAUGCUGCUGUUCCCAGUGAUAUCUUUUUGCCAUCAAUAACUGAAAAUGAACGUGAUAUUUUAUAUUCUCGAUGGAAAAUGGGUAUUGACAGAAGCUUAGGUUGGGAGUCAGAAUUUCCACAAAUAACAAAUGAUGAUACAGAAGAUAUACAUAAAGCUACUGCGCCUGGUGUAUUUAUAAUUGGAACUAUAAUACUGCUUAUAGUUGCAAAGUAUAGAUCUACUUUGUAAUAAGUUUGUAUAUACAAUACUGUGUAUUGUAUAUUGCAUUUAGACAAAAUCUGCUUAUUAAUAUAAUUGAAAGUAGGGUUAUUUUACAAAUAUGAUACAUUGCUUUAUCUAAAUUAUUUAUGUAAUAUAGUAUUUAUGAGUUAAAAAAGAGUCAAGAAUAAAAAGUGCCAUAAGAUUGUAAA